GUAUUUUCCCAUCUAUUGAAAGUUAGGCUAUUAAACAUUUUGCAUUCUAUACGGCCUGAUUAUGUAAUUAUUUAAGCUGCAUAGCCAAUGAGAAGCGCCAAUAGGAUAUUUGACUAAACCACCAAACUAGUUGAGGGUUUUUGCCUACCUGCAAGCAUCCUCCAACUUCAAUCUUUGGUUAUUUAUUAAUUAAUUUAGCUGUACUUUAAUAGGAUUUCCGAAUUGAAGCUAUGUUGACUGGGCAUAGCGCUAUAUUUUUUUCUGAUCUGGGUUUUUCCCUUUCUUCAGGAUGUCUUUCUCUCUUAAGGAGAUGUGUGAAAUGGUCAAUGUCAGGUAUGAUAGGGUACUUGAGGCGAACGUGAGGGUCAACAAUGAGGAGGAAGGUUUGUAGGAAACUAAAAUUGAGUCAACCAGACAGGAAAGUCUAAACUGUAUUCAUUACUCUAAAUGGUUUCCCUCUGUCAUUGUCAGAUUCAGUUGAAAGUGACGGUGCAAAUACAGCUGCCAAUGAGGAUUCUCUGGAAAGUGAUAAUGACAAUCACUCUGAAAGUGCCAGUGAUGACUCACUUGAACACAAUCCUGAAAAUGACCCGGAAUACACACCUGUCAAUGAAGAUGCUGUUGAUGUUGAUGUUGCUGUUGACCGGGGAAGGUCAAGAAAGAGGGCCAACCCAGACGCUUGGAAGGGUAACAUUCAGAAAAGGAGAAGAAUGAGGGGCCAAUCAUAUCUUGGACGAAAAAAAAAUGAAUUCAUCAACAUAGAAGAAAGAAAAAUGGAGGGGCGGUGCCUGGCUGAGGCCUGCCGGAAAUCCAGCAAACUACACUGCACCGAAAUCGAUGAAGGGAAGAGGGAAAAAAUAUUCAAGUAUUUUUGGGGGAAAUUGGACUGGAAAGAAAGGAAAAUCUAUGUGAAGUCACUGGUGGAGGUGAGUGAUGUCAAGCGGCGCCGGACAGAAGCGGUUCAGUCUCGGAGGUCAGCAUCUCUCUGUUGUUUUUUAUGUGUUGAUGGUAAAAGGCUCAGAGUUUGUCAGCGGAUGUUCCUGUCGACCCUUGGCAUCAAGCAGUGGAGUGUUCUAAAAUGGGUUGGAAGAAGAGAUGAAAGUCCUGAGAAGACGGCAAGAGUGAGGGUGAGGACAGAGGAGCGGGACUUCCUAAAGUCCUUUCUUCUUGAACUGCCGAAAGUACCAUCGCACUACUGUAGGUCCUCCUCUUCCAAGAUGUACCUGGAGCCUUUAUUCAAAUCAAUCAAUCAUCUCCACUCACAAUAUAAGCAGGCAUGUGCAGCCAACGGCAUCCAGGCUCUGUCAAGACAAGUGUUCAGUAACACCUUUAAAGAAUUAAAUCUGUCAUUGUUCCAUCCAAAAAAAGAUCAGUGUGACACUUGCUGUGCCUUCAAAGCCGGGAACAUCGAGGCUGCUGUGUGGGAGGAACACUGCGUUAAGAAGGACGAGGCACGAGCAGAAAAGGAUAGGGACAAGCAACUUGCAAAUAACACCACCUUGGUUGCAUGCAUGGAUCUGCAGGGCCUUCUCCUCUGCCCAAAGCUUCAAGCGUCUGCCCUCUAUUUCAAAAUGAAGCUGAGUGUCCAUAAUUUUACCAUCUACAAUAUGGCAUCACAUGAAGCGACAAAUUACCUUUGGCAUGAGGGUGAGGGGGGGGUCUCUGCCAAUGAGUUUGCCUCCUGCAUUGUGGACUAUCUUGAAACACACCUCACUUACACUGAAUUCAUUCUUUGGAGUGAUGGGUGUGGUUAUCAAAACCGAAACCUGGUCCUGAGCAAUGCCCUCUUAAAGUUUGCCACUGAAAGAAAAAAGCAAGUGACGCAGAAGUACCUUCAAAGAGGCCACACACAGAUGGAAUGUGACUCUGUGCACAGUGUGAUCGAAAGAAAGCUAAGGAACCGAGAUGUACAUGUUCCAGCUGAGUAUGCUGCAGUCAUUCGGGGAGCUCGUUCAAGUCCAAAACCAUACGAGCUGAAGUAUGUUGAUUACAGCUUUUUCCAAGACUUCAGCAAAGUGAAAAUCUGCAAGUCAAUUCGACCUGGUAGCAAAGCAGGCGAUCCUACGGUGCAUGACCUCCGAGCAGUCAGGUCUGUACAGACUACUUUUUCAUACAUGAAAUAUUUGCCACAUCAUAUUAAAAUAUUUUGUUUCAUAAAUCUAAACUUGCUUUUGGUUCCCUCCUAUUCUCUGUUCGCCGACAUCCCUCUUUCCUUUCAUCUCUCUAUUAGAUACAAUGUGGACGGCAGUAUGGAGUUCAAAUUACUCCACUCCGACAACUGGCAACCCUUCACAUCCCCAUCCCUGAGGAAGGCGUGUGUCAGCGUGGCCCCACUCUAUACAUCCCCCCAGAAAAUUAAAGCACUGAAGUUCAAGCACCUUCAAGAACUGAAACAUGUCUUACCGAAGGACUUUCAUCCAUUUUAUGAUGCACUUGACCAUGAGUGAUGGUCAGCUCAAAUAGCACAAACAAUAACAUACACACCACUAUUAAACAUUAUUUAUUUAUUUAUUGAUAAAAGCCAGUGUGGUUUUUCUGACUACCUAUAUACAUGUCUUAUUGAUUAAUAUAUUAAUGAAAUGUUAUAUUUAUUGAGUAUUGAGAAGUAAUUGUUUAUGUGCAUGUUUGAAAAUGACUUGGUUUUAUCUGUUGAACUCUUGGAAUUCCUAUCUGCCAAUCUGACAGGAAAGACAUGAUUAAAAUCUUGCAUUUAGGCAAGUUGCUAUUUUAUAAUUCCACCUGUAGUAGCAGUAGUGAGUCUAAUUAGCCGUAACUGCUUAAACAGGAACGGGCUAGUUGGAGUUUAGUGAAAUGGCAGCUUCAUUUUUCCUUUUCUUUUCUGCAAUACAGUGCCAAAUAAAUAUUAUUUUGAUGAUAGCCUGGUGAGACAAUAGCUUUCCUUUACAGUAGGCCUAACUUUAUCGCAAGAAAAAGUUUUCCCCUUGUCGCCUGAGACGUAGGUCAAGGAGUGGAGGAGUGACACAAUUACGGUAGGUCUAACGUUACAACCUCUGUAUAGCUUGAUUCAUUAUCGCUUCAUAGUUAGCAGGAGACAUAAAUAUGAAGGGACAAUGAAUCAGUACACUGAUUUUCAUACUGACAAGAUUAAUAGGCUAUGCUCAGUUUAUUAAAUAGCCUUAGGUUGGACGUAGGCUAUUUAAUAAACUUAGCGUAGCCUAUUCAUUUGUCAGUAUGAAACGCGACUUGCCCAUUCAUGAUCGGAAGAACGCGUAUCGACCACCGUUACUGUGAAAUAUGCACGUAUGUCCAUUUAAACUCGAUUUUGGUAAAAUGUGAACUAUACCAUCACAUUGGCAAUAUUACGACUACAUUUAAAGAAGACGUACCAAGUAUGACAACGCUACGUUCAACUGCUUUGAAAUUAGGGUGUUUUUUUCAUUUCCUGAAAAGUAACCGUUUUGGAUAUACGCGAGUUUCAUCGGACA